CAGUCUACAUGAAGCUACCUUUCAGGUUGGCUGCUUUUCAAUACUGUCAGCUAAGUAAAAGUGAAAAGUAAACUAUUAAUUAAUAAACAGAAACACGAAAACAGUUCAUUACCAUUGAUAAUGGUUAAAGAGACGAGUGACAUUAAGAUGUGGGCAGCUUUAACAGCUCAAGUUAGUGUGGCCUACUCGAUAAUCUGCAUUGGACUCGAAAUCAUCGCUGCGGCGGAUCUUUUCACAAUGGGAAUGUUGGUGAUAUGGUUUAUACUCUACCUUAUAAAUAUAUGGAUAAACUUGGUCUUUUCGGGAAAAUGCAGCAAUUGGGGAAAGAGCGAUAUAAUAAUCUGGUUUGCUAUCACAUCAUUUAUAUUAAUCAUUCGACUCGCAUGCACCAACUACAGCCACUUGAGUAUUGGAGUCUGGGUAUUCACAAUUAUUGUAAAUAUUUACAUGCUAUUUGUUCUUUUUGUAAUAUUCUCAUUGGGUAAAAAAAUGGAUAAUCCAACUACAGACAUUAGAAGCAGUUUAACUUCUGACCCAGAUAAUAAUAUAAUAAUAAGUGCGACGGCGGUUGAAACUAAUAUUGAAGAUCUGUCAGAUAAUCUUCGUUCCGCUAUACGCUCUUAUCACUCCAACUUACACAAUGAUUCUCCCAGUGGUGGUGUAAUUGGUUCAAGUUGUAGUAACAUAAAUUGUGAUUCCCAGAUUGUUUUUUGUUACACCUCCAACUUUGGAUAACUUAAACGACGAGUCCCAGAAUGAUUUAGCAAUAGCACCAAGUUAUGGCGUAUUAAACACUGAUUCUCAGAAUUUGGACAGAUCAGGUGAUAUUAACAAUAUUUUUAAUGCAAGUGAUCCUCCUCCAAGCUACGAUGACGUUAUGAAUCGUAAGAAUGAAAAGGAAAAAAAAUAAAAUUAUCUUAUAUAUUGUUGAUAUCAUAACUGCCAAAGUAAUGAAAUAUAUUUUUGCGAAUUGAUUUAAUAAUAAUACAAUAAUAAUAGUAUUUCAUAGGCCAAGAACAACAAUGAACCUUGCAGCGAAAGAAGCUAUCUAGGUAUUUCAAAAAAAAAAAAUGAUCCAUUAUUAUAAGCAUGUUACGUAAAAUCCAUAAUGUCACAGUGAUAAUAAUUGUAAUGCUAGUAGAGUUCACUGUUGAUAAAAAAAAAUUAUAACGAGUUAUUUGUCAAUACUCAAGUACUACUUCAAUCCACUUAUCAAGAAUAAUUUACUAGAAAACAGACCGACACUCCACGUAUGUUACAAUA